AUGUUAAGCAUGACAUCCACUUCAUCAGAGACCGAGGUAUAUAUUACACCACCAACAAGUCCAUCGCAAACCACAACAUGCCAAUUUCCUGGGCACAUUGUAGUGCAACCCAGCUUCCUCGAUCUUGAAUUUGAUGAAACUCGCUUUUCACUUCCAAAUAAGGCCAGGGGCAUAUGCUGCUCAGUUAAGAACGUCUGGUAUUCCAACCAUCAUUGGCCCGAGCAGUCUCAGUACAAAUAUCUCUUCGAACAGGCCUCGGAGACUUGGGAAAAGCUAGCACCGGAGUUCAAUAAAAUUUGGAAUGUGGUAUGGAGGAGGUCGCUUGCUACAACUCCGUGGACCGUUGAGCUACGGCUUGCUGGUGCCCACCAGCCCGACGAGGAACGGGUUAUCAUCAAGCCGAGCGUUUGGAUUAGGACCACGGAUGAGCCUAUUCGCAGUAGUACUGUUUGGAAGAAAUUACAAAAGCAGGUUCGCAAACUAGGUCUCGACUCGCAACAGUAUGCGUCAAUAUUCGCCGAAGGUGGGUUGAGAUCAGCAAAUGGUCCGGCAUCGGUACCAUGGGAGCAAUUGGAUUUGCGAAAAGGAAUCAAGUUUGCAUACGACUUAACAUUACAUACCCACGUUGCCUGGUGGGCCGUCAGUGGACCAUAUGAGUGUGGUGAGGUCUGCCUGACCACGAUCGUCAAGUACGGACAAAUAGUUUACCAGGAAGUAUCACGCAUCGGUGGCGUAUUGGUCAUCAAUGCCUCACUCGAGGUAGGGGUGACCUCAGGGCACGCCAUGCUUCUUUACUUCUUGCAGAAUAUCGAUCAGUCGUCUACGACCAGUAUAACGCACUUGAAAGACACUAGUAACAACAGCUAUACUUCCAGCUCCGAUUCUGGUGCAGAGGAAGAUGAUGAACAAAGCAGUAGUGAAGAGUGCGAGCUCGUGGAGAACGAUACCGACAGCACGGACCCCAGAACCGAUCUCGGUUAUGUCGAUCUCGAGAAAGUCGGUACCUGGAUUCCAGUGAACCUGUCAGGAAUGGUCAACUUCAUCAAACAGGCUGAGGUCGACGUGUCGACCAAACCCUCAUAUACGAAGCUCCUGAGCCCUUCAACUGGCUCCAUACCUGCCGACUUUGCCCUUGUAUCUCGAGUAGAGUUCGAUUUGUUUCUAGGGCAGAGCGACAAUAUUUACAAUUUCAACGGGAGAAACAACGUAUCCAGCAUCUGCCCCGACUCUUCGUUUACAGCGAAUGAGCAAGAAAUUUUAGUAUUGUUGGGUAAUGGAAUGGAAGCCUCUCAAGGUUUCCUCCAAUCAGCGAAGAUACCCUUCUCUAUAGGGAGCACAACUAUUUCGGCGCGAAAGAUUCGCUUAAAUGCACCAUUAGGCACGUCGGGGUCUUGGGUUGUUUUACGAGAUUCAGGCAAAUUAUGCGGCGCAAUCAUAGCUGUGUUCGAACGAGAGCCGUUUGCACUUAUGAUGACCGCGCAGAGCCUUUUCUCCGAUAUAAUCGAGUACUCCCGAGAUGUGUCACUUGUCACACUUGGAUCCUGCAGACUGGACCUGAAAGAUGAGAGCCAAGCCUUGGUGUAUAACAAUCUCGGGCAAGAAGUGGGUUUCAGAUCCAUCAAAGAGGGUAUCAAUAUCCCUAAACCUGAGACGAGAUCGAGUAGGGCAAUGGAGAAGUCCAUAGCAGUGCCUGAAAGGUCUCAAGUGAUACCUCGCGCCAUACCGCCAGACCCAACGACAGCCCCGAGCCAUGGACAGCCGCAUACAGCUAACAUCUGUUCUUCUAUGGGCAAUAACCAAGGGAGUGUUAGUGAUACUGGGUCAUUCGAGCAUUCAUCGUCACCUGAUGCCAGGACCCUGUCACUUAACCGCGUACAAGUGUGGUUACCUGAUAAUGUAAUUGCUCGAAUCUCCGCCAGAGUAAUCAGUAUCAGUCACCUGAACUCCAGCUUCAGCCCUAUAAAAACGCUCGAGUCGGAUAUGUCAAAGACACAGCCGUCAACUGGAGCCCUAAGAUUCCCAGAUGCCUCUCGUCCUAACUCGGCUCUCAUGGGAUUCGGCUCUAUGUUUGACCAAUUUAUGCCUAGCCGCAGAAUAGAUUUUAGUCUUCAAUGA